AUGCAGGAGGUGGCGGAGAGCCUGAGCAGGGGAGGGUUUGCGGUGUGCGACAACUUCAUCCCGCUCGAGCUGGUGAGGCAGGCGAGGAGGGAAAUGGCAGCGCUAGUACCCCACUUCGAGGCCUCUGAGAUCUGGGUGGGGAAGGAUGCGGCUGCUGGGGCUCAGAUUCAAGUGCCUGACGUGCGCGGGGAUCGCGUGCUCUGGAUGUGCGGGGCCCACCAGACGCCCAGCAGGGGGACGUGGCGAUGUUCGACUCUGCUGGAGAGCAGCCGAAGACGAGGGGGAUGGAUGCAGCAUGUGGUGGAGAGGAGCGACGCCAUGCUCGCAGUCUACCCGGGGAAGGACACGCGGUUUCAGACGCACAUCGACAACACGGCAUGCGAUGGCCGCGUGCUCACCUGCCUCUGCUACCUCAACACUGAGUGGGAGGAGGAGUUCGGGGGGGCCCUCCGU